UGAACUGUAGAAAGCCAGACGUCGACUACAAUGGAGCCGUGUACGGUAAUGACUGGUGGGUGGGCUCUGUGGUGAGGUACACUUGUCGCGCCGGCUUCAUGCUCAUAGGAAACCCCACGCGAACUUGCCAGGCUAACGGUCUUUGGACCCCCAAACCCACCUGCCUCAGGAUGUGUCAGAGGGGUCGCAUUGAAAUCAGCGAGAGGGAGCUGAACGGGACGUGCAACUCCACCUGUGCAGGUAAGGGCUACUCCGGCCCUCUUAAACUCGGCUGCUCCCGGAUAGACAACUGCAAGAAGAAAGACACCGGCUGGAAGCGGUUCUUUGCGCAGUGCGUCCCGUGCAUCUGUGACUGCGCUUUGUCAUGCACAUCUGCAGGCUAAGAGGGGGACAGGUGUGGCCUGCAGAGAGAGACUUCUGACAGAAGACAAAGAUUCAAGGUUCUUUACUGUCAUUUUCAUCACAUGUGGUACAUG